AUGCUUAUUGAUUCCGGAUCUGAACUCUCUUUCAUUUCGGAAUCAACGGUAUCUCAUCUCAAUCUAACAAGGCAUCACUCAAACAUCUCAAUCAUCGGCAUUGGAGCAACAAAUUCAGGUAACACUCGAGGAGUUGUUUCAAUCACUCUCAAAUCAAUCCAUUCCUCAAAAUCAAUUUCUCUCCACGCAUACGUUCUUUCAAAAUUGUCGUCAACGCUUCCUACCACCACUCUUCCAUCUCUCAAAUGGUCUCAUCUUCAAAACAUCCCUCUUGCCGAUCCCGAUUACACCAUUCCAAUGAAAGUUGAUCUCAUCAUUGGAGCGGACGUGUAUGCUCAAAUCAUUCAACCGGACAUCAUCAAGGGACCUUCCUCAACACCCAUGGCUCAACUUACCAUCUUUGGUUGGGUAAUUCUGGGACCAACCGAUGGCAAUUCAAUCAAGGAACAUUUAUCUCAUCAUCUGAUUGUGGAUCAGCAACUGGAUGAUCUUCAAGAUCUUCUCACUAAAUUCUGGACUCAAGAAGAAGUACCUACCAAGGAAAAGGAUCAACUCACAACUCAAGAAUUGGAAUGCGAGGAGCAUUUCAAGGCCACUUACUCAAGGGACUCCAAGGGCAAAUACAUCAUUCGACUUCCAAUCUCAUCAUCACCGAGUCAACUUGGCGACUCAUUCUUCAAGGCUCAACGGUGUCUUCAUCGGCUCUUCAAACGAUUUUCAACUCAAGGACUUCUCAAGGAUCGCUACUUCGCAUUUCUUACGGAAUAUGAAGCUGAUGGACACAUGGUCAAGGCUCCUCCAAGGGAUAGUAGCCUUACAACCUAUUAUCUACCUCAUCAUGGAAUCCUCAGGGAGCAAAGUACCACAACAAAAUUAAGGGUUGUUUUCAAUGGAUCAAGCCCUUCCACAUCCGGUGCCUCUCUCAACUCAAUACUUCACACUGGUGCAAAACUUCAAAAGGACAUCUCCGACAUUUUACUCUGGGUAAGAAGAUUUCGAUACAUCUUUUCUACGGACAUCACCAAGAUGUUCAGACAAAUCAAGGUACAUCCGGACGAUUGGGAUCUACAACGAAUCAUCUGGGUGGAUUCAAACAACAAGGAAAUCUCUUACCAACUCACCACGGUCACCUACGGAACAAAAUCUGCACCAUUCUUGGCGGUAAGGGUACUUUUACAACUCAUUCAAGACGAAGGUUACAGGUUUCCUCUGGCUGUGCCCGUACUUCUCAAUGGUCGAUACAUGGACGACAUCUACGGUGGUUCUGAUGAGGUGUCAGAACUCAAGGACAUAGCCAAGGAUCUCAUCGAUCUUCUCAACUCUGGCGGAUUCCCUCUAGCUAAAUGGCAAAGCAAUCACCCCGAUUUCUUCGACGCUGUAACAAGGAAAGGCGACUUGAAUUCCCACUUAAUCGAUCACACUCAAACCAAGGUUCUCGGUCUCUCAUGGUUUCCAAGGUCAGAUGAAUUCAAGUUCUCAUUUGAGCCAACAUCUCUCCCAGGUCAAGGAAUAUCCAAAAGGUCUAUCUUAUCCGAGGUAUCUUAA